CCUUAUCAAGAGGAAAUGCUGGCAGUAACUGAAAUAUCCAGGUCACUAAGAAAAGCUAAAGCACCUCCUCCUCCAUCUGAAACCAGAACAGUCACUGAUUGUCCAUUUGAUGACACAGAAUCAGCCAACAUCAUCAUGGAACAGAAAGAGAAUGUAAUUGAUAAAGACAUUGAACUGUCGGUAGUCCUGCCGGGAGAUGUGAUCAAAUAUACUACGGUUAAUGGGAGGAAGCCCAUGAUGGACUUGCUGAUCUUUCUCUGUGCACAGUAUCAUUUAAACCCCUCAAGUUACACUAUAGAGUUGAUAUCAGCAGAGAACAGCCAGAUUAAAUUCAAACCUAAUACACCAGUGGGAAUGCUUGAAGUGGAAAAGGUGAUUGUAAAACCAAAACAAAUGGACAAGAAGAAACCUGCUCCAGUGAUACCAGAGCAAACAGUAAGGGUAGUGAUAAACUACAAGAGGACACAGAAGACGGUAGUAAGAGUUAGUCCAUAUUCACCGCUUCAAGAACUCAUACCAAUUAUCUGUAGUAAAUGUGAAUUUGAUCCUUCACACACUGUGUUACUGAAGAAUUAUCAGUCUCAAGAAGCACUUGAUGUGACAAAAUCUCUUAAUGAUCUUGGACUAAGAGAAUUAUAUGCCAUGGAUAUCAGUCGAGCCACGUCACCAGUAGACUUAAACAUGCCAUCCUUGAAAGACUCCUAUCAUGUGUCUGAAAACUCAGAUGUUUUAAAAGAGAAAGAAAACAAAGGAUUUUUCAGCUUUUUUCAACGAAGCAAGAAAAAAAGAGAACAAACUGCCAGUGCCCCAGCAACUCCAUUAAUGAGCAAGCCAAGGCCAACAUUUACCACGAGAUCUAGCACUGUUAGCAAGCAGUAUGAUUCCAACACUCUGCCAUCUGAAAUGCCGAAGAAACGGAGAGCUCCUCUACCACCUAUGCCAAAUUCUCAGAGUGCCCCCCAGGAACUUGCAGAAGUCAGGACAGAAUCUGAUACUGUGAAAUCUAACAGCCUUGACAGGAAUGAACAGGUAGAUCAGACAGUGGAUGUGAGCACAGUGAGGUGAUGGAUGGUACCUUUCAGCAGCAGCAAUUGUGAUGUGAAAGGCAACUCAUGUUUUGGCAGCCGUGCUGUCCACCAUAAAAUGAAGAGCAUCUUGAUAUGCUCAUCCGUGAAAAUUGGUGGACUGUGGCCAGAGAACUGUUUACGGAACUGAAUAUCAGCUUCGGUGCAAUUGGAAACAACAGUGGCAACGCUGGAAUAUGGCAAAGAUUGCACCAAGUGGGUCCCACAGAUGCUCAUGCCGGAAGAGAAAGAAUACCAUAUGCAAGUCUGUCAGGACCUAUUGAACCAAUAUGAGGCUGAAUGUGAUAGUUUCCUGGAUUGGAUUGUUAACCUUUGCUGAGAUGUGGUAACACCAAUAUGAGCCAGAGUCAAAACAGCAGUCCACAAAUUGACAAUGUGUGAAUUUCCUGUUGAAUAAAAAGUUCAAGAUGCAGCCCUCAGUGGGUAAAGUGAUGUGGACUGUCCUUUGGGAUUGGUAAGGUGUGAUUCUUCCAGAUUUUCUGGAUCUCAGACAAACUCUCAACUCUGAUCUCUGCAAAACUAAGCUAAAUGCUUGAACUUCCAUAGUCAGGCCAGAGAAGGCAACAACCUUUCUCUUGCAAAACAAUAACAGGCGUCGUACCAGUUUGAAGAUCAUGGAGCAUAUUGCCAAUCUUGGCUGGACUGUCCUACUGUACCUGCCAUACAGUCCAGAUUUAGUGCUUUCUGACUUCCUUCUGUUUGUGCCAAUGAAGAAUGGACUGCAUGGGCAACAUUUUCCUAGCAAAAAUGCCCUCAUAGCAGCUGUAGAACAAUGGGUCACAUCCAGGAAGGCAGAGUGAAAUAUCAGUUUUGUCUAGAUAAGCUGCCUGGUCUUGAUAGCAAUAUGCCGAAGUAGUAGCAUUAGACAACAGUGAAACAAGCCAACUUUAAGGGAAUGGUACUCUCACUGUUGUCUUUUUGCAUAUAUUCACAGUGUAUUGUAGUCCGAAAAGAAAAGGGUUGUUUUAAUGUUUACUUCCUUCAGCUUCUUUGCUUCUCUUCUCUUAAAAAAGAAACUGCUUUCUCUUUUCGUGAACAGUUGCAAAAUGAAAAUAAGAUAUAUUUUUUUCCCACCUCAAUUUCAGAAUGAUUAUGAAAGUAGUUUUUGAAGAUGUUUUCUUACUUUUAGGUGAGAAAUUAGUAUGAUGGAUGUAAGGCUAUAGCUUCUUCAAGUUAGGGUAGCGUGAGUUGUUCAUUCUUUGUAAGAUGCAGAUGACUAGUACAGCUUAAAUACUAUAUUUUUGUCCAGUAAUUCCAAUGUUAAAUCAAAAUGGAAAACCUCUCCCUUACAUACUGGUUCUAAUUUUGGGCAAGGUGGCUCUUGCCAGAAGUAUGUUUAGAGCUAGCUAGUUUAAACAUAUAAUGCAGUCUGUCUGUUUUCAUAAAAGUGGACGCAGUAUUCUAGUAAUAGCCAUUUUUUAAAAGAAAAGCGUUUCUUUUAUGUUGCUGUUUUUCUUCCAAAUGCUUUAUUUGUAGAAACUAAAUAGUGAUACAUUUGUAUUUCUUUUUCAUGAGUAUUUGUCACCUUACACUGUUUCCAGUUACUGUAAAGAAGUAUACAUAAGCUAUGCUUGGAUAGGGAUGAAUAUUUUUAGUCAAAACAUGUACAGUUUAAAAUGAUGGAUAGAACAUCACAACUGUAGAAAUACAGCUUGCUUUUAUUUACUCAACUGUAAAUCUCAAAGAAAUUGAAAUCUCCAGUUGCCCUGUUAGAAAAGAAAAGAAAGGAGGAGUUGGUGAAGUAAAAUAAAGAGGUUAGAAAGCAACUAAAGCAUUAAGUGUUCCUGAAGAGGUUUAUUAGUCACUGUCAUGGAACAACUUGGAAGAUUGCUAAGGAGGAUGAGUUCCAUACCUCAGAAGUUAGAUCAGAAGCUCAGUAAAGCAAGGACAUGGCAAGAACCACGUGCCUUAGGAGGUCUUCAGUAGAGCCAGUGCUCACUGUGGGAUGGCAGUGCUCAGAGCUGCCCUGUUGUCUUUUGCUUAAGUUUGUCUGAAGACCAUUUGAUACCAUUUUGAAAUGAUUUGGAAUUGACGUGGAUACUGCAUCAUCUAUGUCUUCUAUAUAAGUACCUAACUUUUUCCCCCUUUUGUUUUAUCUACGGCUUGUACUAGCAAGUUUUAGAGCUAGAGAGAGGGUGCAUGAUUUAGACAAAUCAUAUGAGUGAUGAGUAAGGUUGGGUUUUUGUACGAAACACUGUCUACUGUGUUUUUCCUAAUAUAUUCUGACAUAUUCUUCCCCUGUAUGGCUGCUUGUAAACCUGCUUACCCUUGGAACAAAAGAGAUGCUGGUAAUACGAAAAUACAUAUGUACAUGGUGACGGUUUUUGCAUGGUAUGCUUUUGAACACACUGAAAAUGCUCCACUCUAUUCUUUCCCCAGUACUUAACGUUUUUCUUCUAUUCCAGCUGCAAAUUAUCUAGGUUUACUUGGCUUUCUUUUGCUUUUUUAAAAUGUUAGAAAGGGUCAGGCACCACAUCUGCCAUAGCCUAGAGAGGCUGGAACAUGGGAAGCAAUGGUCUCUGUAAGUGUUGGCUUAAGCUGAUGUGGGAUUUGGUGCCAGAUGCCUCUGCACACAGUUGAGGCUAAAAUUUUUCAUAUCCAUGCUUGUUUUUUCCAGAAUGAGGAAGAUGUACAGUUUGAAAAGUGGAAAUGUUCUUCUUGUUGUGGAAGUUAAGACAAAAGUGUUCACUCCCGUUUCUCCAUUAAUUACUUCAGGGAUGCUAACCUGAACUUUAAUUAAAGUGCAGCUGAUAAAGCACUGGCUUUAGUUGGUAUGACAAAUGAACGCCCAGAUGUACAUUCUAAAACUUUGUCAAAUACAUCUCAGUACUGUUAUUUUUUUCCAUCUGCUUAAAGUACUAUUUUCACAUUACAGUCUUUGUUAGGAUUUGAAAUCUCUUAAUAUUCAUAUGUUGAAUAAUUCCUUAGAAAAUCUGUUCAACACUUGAACCGUAACUGGAACAUUUAGUACUUUAUCGAAAUCUCUUUGCAAACCGUUUAUUUCAUUGAAUGCAAAGGGCAGUAGAGAGGCUUAUAAAAAUCUUUUAGGAGCAUUUGUGCUCUUAUGCUGAGAACAUUAUUCCCCCCCUACACAUACACCCUUUCUUAUGCAGGUGGAACUCUGGUGACAUUUGUUUUGCUGAGUGAAUGAGCACAGAGUUCCAUGCCAGCUGAGUCAGCUGAAGGGAGGCUGUGCAAAGCAGCUGAGGGUGCAGACCUCUGAACAGAGCAGCAGUGUGUGGUGUAGAACAGAGGGGCUGCAGUCUGGGGAGUAGAUACCAUAAGGAGAGAAACAGAACCAACCCAAUAGCAAAAUGGGAGAUGUUUUAAUAAUAAUAAUAAAGCCUGAUUUGUGGAAGUAAUAUUAAAUUUGACAUUUUAUCCUGCAAAAAUUCAGAUGCUGAAUAUCAUUAAUUUAAUCUUCUGUAGAACUGUUUGGGAAUGGUGAAUGAGAAACAGUAAAGGUGUAAAGUGAUUUUCGCGUGCGUGUGUGUGUGUGUGUGUGUGUGUGUGAAGUUUUCAUCCAAGAUCUGACUUGUUAGAAAAUAUUCAAUCAUGCAAGUAUUUUUUAAUUAGAAGUGGAGUACCAUAUCCUCUGCUGUUCUUAAAAGAACAUUUCACCUUGUGCUUUGUUUUUCUUAAAAUUUGGAACCUCUCUUUGAUCUAAAAGAUGUGAUGCUUUGACAUGAGAGUGAUGGGCAGAAAAAUCAUGUGAACAUUUUGGAUAUCACUGCUUCUAACAAUGCAGUAGAGUAUCUAAUUAGAGAUGAAGAUUCUGGGCGUGAAUGUAACACAGCAGGUGACUAAGUAUCCCAAGGGCAGCUCAGAGGAUGGAUUUUGCCAUCCAAGGUCAUUCAGGUGUUCUACUGAGAUGUAGCAGGAGCUGCCAAACACUGCUUCAUGGGCAACCUGUGCCAAUAUCUCUUCUCUUGUUUUUUUGGAUAAUUUUAUUAUAUAGGACUAAGUGCUCUUGCUUUUUAUCUUUAAUAUCUUCCUUACUGCAAGAUGUAUAUUCCUUUUCUAGUGUUAGCUUGAUAAGUAAUAAAUAUUUUAUUCCAUGGAUGUUGGCAUGGUCAACAGUUCUAUUAUCAGUGAUCUUUUUGAAAGAAUCAUCUGUGGAAACAGAGGAUUGUAGGCAUAUAUAUGCCAUCUCUGCUUCUUGAUAUUCUCCCUUGUGAAGGUUUCUUCAGCAUGAGGCAAACUGCAGUUAAAAGUGGCAGGCAGAUUUACAGCUGCUGUCUUUUGGAAGUGGAAUGUAUUUAUUGAAAGAUCACUUGGACUGUUGUAUCAUACAAAUAGAAGUCCUCAGUAGGUAUCCUAUAAGCAGUCUUCUUGAUUUCUUUUUUAAUGCUUUUGAUUAUUUGUAAAUUUAAGAACUCUGUCUUCUGCUAUGAUAAUACGAGGGGAUUAUUACAACUGAACAUCAGUGGUUAGUAUAAUUAUUUUUAUUAUGAUUUAUUGCAAUUUAACAUGAAUAGAUGUUAUGAUAAGACAGUUGUACUUUCCAAUAUAACUUUGGAAAGAUGGCAUUAGAAAAAUUUCUAUAAAAGUUCAAGUAUUUUAAGUAGAGUAACAAAAUCCUAUUAGUUACAUGUCUAGUCUAAUAAAAUAUGCUGUUGAAGGAACAGGGAAGGAAACACUGUAAUUUCUGUUAUGUCUAGCUGAAGGAAACAUUCUUUCAUCAUUACUUUACCUACUCAUGAGGUUUGUUUGAGUUUUGUAGAAUGGCCUUAAUAGCUUAUAAAGGAAAAAAAUUCUUUUUUAUGUUAUACAUAAUAACUGACUGUUUUUCUGCUGUUUCUAGCAUCUCUAUGUAUAUAUUCAAUUACUCUAGAAAGUAUUAUUUUAGUUUAUUAUUUCAUUUUUAAUUUGAAGUAAAAAAGUGAGAAACAUUAUCUGUUUGGUAAUAGGUGGACAAUCUCUCUUGUCCAAAUAUAUAUUAAAAAUGUUUUUGGAGAAUAAUUACAAGAGCUAUUUUUCUGGCUUUCAUUACUAAUAAUCAUUUUCCCGCCCUGUCUACCU